UAUAACCCAACAACAACAACAACACAGAAACAAAACAAUCUGAACGUAGCCUCAUUAUACGGUGCAUGCUGUCAGUGGCCCUAAAAACCCGCACAACAACAACAUAGCUUCAUUGAGGCGGAAAAUAAUGAAUUCUCAGCAGCUGAUGAACAGUCAGCUGUCACAGCAGCAGCAGCAAGCACUAUUGCAGCAGAGCCAACAUGCACAGAUGUCUAACAUAGGGCCACAACAAAACCUCCAGCAGAGUCAGCAGUCUCAAGAACAGCAGCAGCAGCAGCAACAGCAGCAGCAGCAGCAACAGCAGCAGCAACAACAACAACAGCAACAACAACAACAACAACAGCAACAACAACAACAACAACAACAGCAACAACAACAGCAACAACAACAGCAACAACAACAACAACAACAUCAAUCUAGUCAACAGCAAGAGUACAAAUUAGACAACAUCAGCCGAGUCAAGAAUCACUAUGGGCAGUUAAAGGAAGCUCUUAUGGAGACACUGGUAUGUGCGUCCACCAACCUCGGAGGCAACCAUCAAGUUGAUCUUGGAAACAGGAAUGCUGGUGAAGUGCAACAUGCUAAGUUUGAAGAAAGCAUUGAAAAAUUUUAUACAUUAUGUGACCAAAUGGAGUUGAAUCUUAGAACAGCAAUUGACAGUCAACUGCAAGGAAAGGCUUCCCAGUUUUAUACACCUAGCUCAAUAUCUGCACCACCUGUUGAUGUCCAGAAAUAUGCUCAUUACCUCACAACAGUGAGGAAUCAAGUGGUGUAUGCUAAAGACAUUCAUACUGCUCUGGUGGAUGCUGCUACAAAUAUGAGCAUCAACACUACAGCUAUGUCAGCUAUGGACAGCAGUAAUUGAUAUCUUUGCUUUCAUAGUCCUUUUUAAACAGUUUCAUUGGGUACAGUAUACAAAACUUUUCAGUCAAUGUGCAGUGUACAGUAGUACCUCGGUACUCAACAGCUCCCAACUCGAACAAUUCGGUAUUCGAACACAUUGUUCGGUAAAACGCUCAGUAUUCAGCCGACUGUUUGCUCAGCGCUCAACCAAACAAUGUGUGUCAGUCUCCCCACAGCUGUCACACAAUGCAAAACUCUGCUGAACUUCACUGUAAACUAUUUUGUUUCUUUGCAUUUUUUGGUAUGUUUUUAUACAGUAUUGUACAUAUAAAUAAGGCACCAUGGGGCCUAAAAAGAUUAGUGAUAACUUCAACCAAAAAGAAAAUUGGUUACUCACAAUAGAUAUGAAAAAAGAACUCAUAGCAAGAUAUGAAAGUGGUGCCCACAUGUUUUGUAUGGCGAAAUCUACGUUAAUCUAAUUUACAUUAGUCCUUAUGGGAAAAAUUCGUUCUGUACUCGAACAGCCUUCUGGAACAAAUUAAGUUAAAGUACCGAGGUACUACUGUACUCUUAAAAAGGUGUUGCAAUUCAUAUUCUUAUAUGUACAUUUGUAUUUUUUUUGUUUUUGUUUACCACUAGUUAGGCAUGGUGCCCCCAAAGAAUUUAAGACAUUCAUUCACCAUCUGCCUUGCUGUUAGUGCAGACAAUUGAGAUAACCAAAAAAAGGCACAAUACUGUGACUGUCCUUGCUCUUGCCCUGUGGGCACCUAGCUCCCUCGCAGUGCUCCACCUCCUGCCUAUAUAUACCCAUCCUGCUCUCCUUUUCGUUAGUGCGAUUUUGUAAAUGGUCCAAGUUCGACCGAAAUGUAAGUUUUUCUCUUCUAUGUGUGGGUUGUGUAAAAUUUAAAUGCCAUUCAGGCUGUAACAUCAAUACCAUUGCUUCAAACAAAAUGCAUUUUUUUUUUUUAUAAUAGUUAUCCUAUUGUUAUAACAUUCAUGGAAAGUGAUAAACCCAUGGUCCUUUGACGAGUAGGAAGGAGAGCGUAGGUCCAAUUCCUUGGAUCAAAAGUCCCUCACUGGCUUAAAGGAACCUUUCUUGAAAAUUACAGAUUUUAAAGACUAUGUAUUUGGUAGAUGUAGUUUGUUGUACACCACCAUACAUAUUUAAUAAAAUUUUAAAUAUUUUUCAAA